AUGGCUUUUAAAAACUUCCAUGCAACAGUUAUCCAGCGAGCUGACAGGAAUUACAAGAAGAGACCCGAAUCAUUGGCAACCCAAGUUUGGAAUGUGACUCGCCAAGAACAUGUUUUACAUUUUGAUGAAUGGAUUACUACGCUUAAUAAAGGAAAUAUUUAUCAAACGUAUAAUGCAGAAUAUAAUGUAGCCAAG